CUGCUGCCGCUGUGGUGCCGUUGCAGGUGAAGAAGGCGGUGGAGGCUCUCGUGGCUUUCGCCAGAAGCAAGGCCAAGGGGGACGCGCUGCUCCUCAACGAGAGUGAGAGCGUCCAUCUCCUGGUGACGGUGUGGAAGGUCCCGCAGGUGGCAAAAGUUAUCAGAAUACCACUGCCCCAUGGCAUUCGACCAGAAACAACUGAGGUUUGCCUGUUCACAAAGGAUGAGCCAAAUUUAUCAGCAGAACAGACUGAAAAUCUGUACAAGAAACUUUUACACCGGAAUGGGGUCAGAAGUAUUAGCCAGAUCAUCUCAUACAAAACCCUCAAAAAGGAGUAUAAAAUGUUUGAAGCAAAGCGGCGCCUCCUGAACAGUUUUGAUCUCUUUCUGUCUGAUGACCGAAUUAGAAGGCUUUUGCCCUCACAUCUAGGAAAACACUUCUAUGAAAAGAAAAAGGCUCCUUUAUCUGUAAACCUGAAAGCCAGAGAUCUUGCCAAGGAACUAGAAAAACAUAUUCAAGGGACUACACUCUCAGUUCACAACAAAGGAUGCUGUUAUACAACACGCAUAGGUCACACUGGGAUGAAAGUGGAUGAGAUACUUGAGAAUAUCAUUGCAGCAGCAGAAGUGAUUGGUAACAAGUUACCAAAGAAAUGGAAAAAUGUAAAAAUUCUUCACCUCAAAACACUUAAAUCUGUUGCACUUCCAAUAUUUACUGCAAAUAUCUCCAACCUGGAUGAGCUUGACAGACUACCAUCUCUCAAGAAAACUGAAAUAAAGAAGACAAAACCCAAGAAAGUGAAGAGGAGAGCUAAAAAACUGAAGUCAAGUCAAGUCACUGUGACAACAGGAGGUAAAGCUGCUGCUGGUACCCAGGAGCCUGUGAUAAAAGAGAAAGUAGAAAUAGUCCAAGAACCAGGUGAUAAUGAUGAUGAAGAAAUUCCACAACUGGUGCCUAUACAAACAAUGAGCUCAGCUGAUCUGAAGAAAAUGGAACCAAGUCCAGAAAAAGGUGACAAUUUGGGCAAGAAAGCCAAAACACGCCUCGGUAAGAGAAAGAAACAAUCUCUUGUGGUAGAGACUCCAAAAUCAAAACCUGAGGUUACAGAAGAGUGUGUAAACUUGCAGACAUCUUCAAAAGAGAAAAAAGCCAAAGCCAAGCAGGUCAGCAAGCCAAAGGAAGCAAUAAAAGAAAAAGAUGUGAAAAAGUCUCAAAAAAAGCCUGAAGCAAAGUCAUUUGCAACACCCAAAGCUGGCAAGUCAAUACAGUCAGCCAGGAAGACUUCAAAACCACCAAAGCAGGCACCCAAAAAGGUGCGCAUGCCGCAGUCAGCGUGAACAUUGUCUGUUGUAACACAUUUUGUAUCAUCAUACCAUAGUGUAUUUUCAGUAAAUACAUUUAUUGAUGAAGUAAAAUACCUUCUUAGAAAAUCUGAUCCCAAAAGGUUUUUUUCACCAAGAUUGCUAAUGAUUCAUUGGUUUUCUUCUAAUUUACAAGCUGGUUCAAAUAAAAUCACUGUCUUAAUGGUCCCCAUCACCUUUUAUCUUUUCCUGGCCCAAACUGAAAACACUCGAAUUUUUCAAGUGUCAAAGGGCAGAGAGGGGUCCAUCCCAGGGAAAAAAGGCUGAGAAAUAUUUUAGUAAAUGCUGUCUUUCUGAAGUAAGCAUGUGUGCUAAGAGCAGCUAUCAUUUUAAAGGUGAAAAAACUGCUACAGUUUUUAAAAAAACUGUUCAAUAUAAUAAAGACAGGUUGACAGCGAUUGGUGUUACUGCAGAUAUUUAAGUUAGCAGCCUGAUACCAAGCCACACAUUUUUAGUUGUUUUUACCUAGGGUAUUUGUGAGUUAAAAAGGCACAAGACAGUUUUGCUUUAACUAUAUAUAUUUUGAAACAUCAAGCAAAAUCUUACCUUCACUUUUGGGCUUUAUUACUGCUACCAGGACAGUUGAGAGUGUUCCUGUAUGAUGGUAACAAAGCUGUUUUUCUUCCAUCUGAAAAGAACCAAAGCCUGUGUGAAUUCCACUUGUGACAGCCAUGUGAAUUCCUGUUAAGGCAUGAAAAAUACAGACUUCAGGACUGAAAGGUGAUAUAUUUGAAAUGUUA